AUGUGUUGCGUGCCACACUGCAGAGGCAAUUACGGCUAUGGACCCAAAGUUUCUGUGUUUUAUUUUCCGAAUGAUGAAUCUCUAAGACUGAAAUGGAUCUCGGCUGUUCACAGACAAGAUUGGAUGCCUAGUAAACAUUCAGUUCUAUGUGAGCUGCAUUUAAACGAGGACGGUAUAUUAUGCAGUACAAGUAUGUACGACCCAAGAACUGGCAAACUGUUUACAGCACCAUUGGAUCGUCGACGCUUAAGAAAAGGUAGGUUAAAGAACCAAAUGUUAGGCGGAGGCCUACAUUUAUGCAAUCCCUUCAAAGUUACUGGGAUGCCCUUCAUAUUUGUCCAAUGCUCCAACAUCAACCCGAGAGACACCGAAAGUCACAGUGAGUGGCUAGAAAACAGUACCCUUCACAUUGCCAUUCGAGAAUGUGGAGAAACGCUGGAGAAGUUGAUAGAAGCAACUUCUUUCUGCAAUAAAAAAUUAGACAGUGUGUGGUUAUUAUUUAUCAACCACAAUCCGUACCCAAGAGUUGUUUCCUACUCUGUUAUAAACAGUGAUUUAUUUCUCAGCGUUUUUAUUAAUUGA